AUGGAUGAAGUACCUGAGGCCAAGUCUAAGAUGGUCCAGGAAGACGCAAAGUUGAUGGCAGAUGAUGACUUUAUAUUAAUCAGUGAAGAGUCGUCAGUCGCGUCAGACACGGAGAUGGCGGGUGACGCGUUCAGCGACGAAGAUGUAGCAACGCUGGUAUUGGACAGCGCAGGUGAUGCAAAGGCGGGGCCGCGGCUGCCUGUGUCCGCCCGCGCCAGGCAGCAGCUCACGACAGCUCGCUCCGUGAGCCGCGGCCGCCGCCGCGACGACAACGCUCCAAACUCGAGAUCUCGACAUACUCCGCAGCACGAAAGCUCGACGCAUAUGAUUAACAACGCUGCACGUAUCGACUCGCCAUGUCAAACUUUUAACGAGGGUCAAACUUACCAAUGCGACAUUUGUAAAGAACAAUUUACAGACAAAAAUAAUUUGACGACGCAUAUUCUAAUUCAUACGGUUAAUUAUGGGGAGGGUCAUGUUAAUUGUGAUUUACAUAAUACAAUAAAUAAUAGUGGUAACGAUUUAACACGGACACAUCCAGAUGUGGAGAAAGAACUAAUUUCCAGCAAUGUAUAUAAAAAAGAGUUCAAGAAUUUAAAUGCACAUCUUCCCAAGAGGGAAAAGUCUUUUUCAUGCAACAUUUGUAAAAAAGAAUUCGACAAUUCGAAAUUAUUAAUGAAGCAUAAGAGAAAUCACAUUUGGGGGAAAGAAUUCAUCUGCGAUGUCUGUAAAAAGUCAUUCAGCAAUAAAAGUCCAUUAAUAACUCAUAUGCGUGUACACACUCGUGAGCAGCCGUAUGGCUGUAAAAUAUGUAAUAAAAAGUUUUCAAUAAUUUAUAACUUACAGCGCCAUUUAAAGCUGCACAUUGAUGUGACACAUCCCGAGGAAUAUCAAUCUGUAUUUGAUAAAUGGGAAAAAGAGUACACCUCUAAAAAUUCCGCUCCCGUCCGCCGCGUCGAGCGCACGCAUGCACUACGUGAGCUAUGUCCACGUACACGGAUAGUGAUCGGCUUCCUUUCGAAUAGUGCCCAAGCCACGUUGUAG